AGAGGCGUCCUCAGCCCGGAGAGAAGGGGGUCGCGGUGCCGUCAUGCACAGUGGUAUCGCGUCCGCCGCGCGUCCCGCAGGCCGCCCCUGAGCCCGGCCGCCGGUUGGAGCCCAGGGCGCGCCCGGCAGCACCAUGAGCCACGGGCCGAGUCCCCGGCUGGCCGAGUCCCCGCAGCUGUCCAAGGGCAGCCUCCUGACCAUCCUGGGCAGCCCGUCGCCGGAGCGCAUGGGCCCGGCCGACUCGCUGCCGCCCACGCCGCCCAGCGGCACGCCCUCGCCGGGGCCGCCGCCCGCGCUGCCCCUGGCGGCCCCGGCCGCGCUGCUGGCGGACGGCGACUGGGAGAGCCGCGAGGAGCUGCGGCUGCGGGAGCUGGAGGAGGCGCGGGCGCGGGCGGCGCAGAUGGAGAAGACCAUGCGCUGGUGGUCGGACUGCACGGCCAACUGGCGCGAGAAGUGGAGCAAGGUGCGCGCCGAGCGCAACCGCGCGCGCGAGGAGGUGCGGCAGCUGCGCCAGCGCCUGGACGCGCUCACCAAGGAGCUGGCGGGCGCGCGGCGCGAGCGCCAGGAGGCGCAGGGCGAGUGCGAGGCGCGGGGCCGCGAGCUGGCGCGGCUGCGGGGCGCCCGCGGGGCCGCGGACCAGCCGCGCGACGGCCCCGAGCCGGAGCCCGAGCCCGAGCAGGAGCCGGUGCGCGACGUCGGGUCGGAGCGGCCGCCGGGCAGCCAGGAGCUGGAGCUGGUGGAGAGCCUUCUGAAGAGCAGACCGGAGGAGCCCGAGGGCUGCUGGGAGGCACGCAGUGUUGGGGCCGGGGGCCCAAGGAGCAGCUCGGGCCGCCAGGAGCGCAGCCGGCUGCCCUGGGAGGACACAGCCACCACUGAGGAGGAGGCCUCCAAGCUGACCGCCCUGCGGCUGCGGCUGGAUGAGUCCCAGAAGGUGCUGCUCAAGGAGCGAGAAGACAAACUGGCCCUGAGCAGGAACAUUGAGAAGCUGGAGGGGGAGCUCAGCCAGUGGAAGAUCAAGUACGAGGAGCUGAGCAAGACCAAGCAGGAGAUGCUCAAGCAGCUCAGCAUCCUGAAGGAGGCGCACCAGGACGAGCUGGGCCGCAUGUCCGAGGACUUGGAGGACGAGCUGGGGGCGCGCUCCAGCAUGGACAGGAAGAUGGCUGAGCUGAGGGGCGAGAUGGAGCGGCUGCAGGCGGAGAACGCAGCCGAGUGGGGCCGCCGGGAGCGGCUGGAGACGGAGAAGCUGGGCCUGGAGCGGGAGAACAAGAAGCUGCGGGCACAGGUCGGGGACCUGGAGGAGGCGCUGGCCCGGCGGCGGCGGCAGACAGCCAGCGCGCUGGACUGCGACCUGCGGGCCAGCCAGGCCGCGCUCUUCGAGAAAAACAAGGAGCUGGCAGACCUGAAGCACGUGCAUGGCAAGCUGAAGAAGCAAUUCCAGGAGAAGGUGGCGGAGUUGGCACACGCCAACCGGCGGGUGGAGCAGCACGAGGCGGAGGUGAAGAAGCUGCGGCUGCGGGUGGAGGAGCUCAAGAAGGAGCUGGCCCAGGCCGAGGACGAGUUGGAUGAGGCCCACAACCAGGCGCGCAAGCUGCAGCGGUCGCUGGACGAGCAGACGGAGCAGAGCGAGAACCUGCAGGUGCAGGUGGAGCACCUGCAGUCCAGGCUCCGCCGGCAGCAGCAGAACGCACCCCUUUUCGGGAAGAUCCGUGGUGCUCGCUUUGGCGCUGAGGAGGCCGGGGAUGGAGCCAGCGACCUGGACGAGGAUGAGGACUUGCAAAUCCAGGUGGCCUAGAGCCUCUCAGGGCUGGACAGGACAGGACCCCCCGGGGUCCAGGCUGACCCGUCACCUGGUCACUUGAACUGAUGCCUGCCCUGGGACCAGACCCUGCUCCCUGCCACGGAUGACUUCGUCUCUCCCAGGGAGGGCACCAGCAGUCCUGCCCUGCCAACGCCCCGAGGAAGGGAAGCUUGUGUUCUAUAUAUAUGUGUGUAUAUUAUAUAUGUGCCCAGGGGCCUUGGACCCAUUAGGUUUUAUAAAUACAGGACCACCGCAAAGCUCACCCCAGGCAGCUGCGCCCACCCAAGACUUCAUGCAAGGGCCAUGUCGGGGGAGGAUUGCUGGGCCCCAAUCCAGGCUGCCUCUCUAGGCCUUGAAGGUCCGGCAGGGGCUGUUCAUAAUACAGUGUGACGAACCCAGUCUUUUGUAAUAAAUGGAAUUCCAGUU